AUGAUGCAUUCAAAGACACCUGAAUCGGUGAAGGAAACAAUUCUUGACUCUUUUGCAAAAACAAAUGGUCAUAUACGGGUUUUAUUUUCAACAAUUGCCUUUGGAAUGGGCAUAAAUGCUAAAGGUGUUAGAACUGUUAUCCAUGUGGGGCCAUCAAAAAACAUAGAAGCUUAUGUGCAAGAGAGUGGGAGGGGUGGUAGAGAUGGUAUGCCAAGUAAAGCUAUGUUGCUUUACAAUAAUCUGAUGUGUUUGCAUUGUGAAAAGGAUAUUAAGGACUAUAUAACAGACUCUAGAUGCCGUCGAGUUGCUCUCCAGGAACCGUUUGAAUUAUGUACAGAAUCACAAAUAUUAUCUGGUGCUGGAAGUGUUCUACAUAUGUGUUGUGACAAUUGUGCCAAAAGGUGUAAUUGCAAUGACAGGAAGUGCAAGUCCUAUGCCUUGUUACCAAACAGUACUUGUACAACAUCAAUUGAACCAAUUUCAAAAAGGGUGGUCAGCCCUACACAAAGAAGUAUACUGUUUCAAAAGUUACAAAUUCUUCGAAAAUCUAUUGCCUUCAAGUCCAUGCAAGGAGAUCAAAAGGGAAGAAAAGCCACUGUUAUUUCAUGCCCAAGUUUUUUCCUCGAAUUUACAGACAUUCAGAUUAAACAAGUAAUGGAUAACUGUGGCGUUAUAACAAGUAUCGCUGAUAUAUUCUCGCACGUUGAAAUAUGGCAAAAAGAACAUGCUGAAUCCAUAUACAAGUUAUUCUAUGAAAUUUUCCAAGAUGUACCUCCACCUUCUUCAAUGGAAGGUGACAGUAGUGAUGACAGUGACAGUGAUGAUUUGACAACAUGUAACUCGGAUGUCAAAGAUUUAGAUGAAUCAUUUCAGGACAUGCAGAUAUUUGAUAUUAUGAGUGAUUCAUUCGAAAUGAGUGCAAUAGCUCCAAAUGAUGAAGAAAAUGCUGCUGAGGCUACUUACCCUGAUUCGUUGAAUUCACUUUUGCAAAACAUUGAUAUUGAUAAAGAAUAA